AUGACCGAGUAUUGGCUAGCGAGUGAGAACGCUGCUGAAGUUUUCUUGUGUAAUGUCCGUGUGAAGAAGAACGUGGAGGACCAGUUUCAGUUACAGACUACGGAGACCAAUAACAACAUCGUUCAACAGCCACCACUAGACAACAAUACGGUCUCACACGCUUUUCUCACCGGAGUUGGAGGAGAGAUAUGUGAUGCGGAGACUGGACAACAAAACAUGGACGCUGAUGAUUAUAGAUUCAUGUUUGACAUUGACCAACUUGAUUUCAUUUAUGAUCCACAACAACCACCGAUGCUUCCUCAAGACUCAAUCCUUCCUCUUGGAGGUCAAGAUUUUAGAUCCACAGUGGAUCAAGACACUGAGGUAUGUGCAGAAGAGCUCGGAAAUAAACUGGAUAAAAAAGAAGAUGAAGAUGAUGAUAGGGCCAUUCAACAGCAACAUUCCCAUAUUCCUCUUCCUGCGCAAGUUCAAGAUUCAGGGAAACCGCAUGUAAUCAUGGAAGGUGAAAGUGUUGGCCUAGGAAGCGUCACUCAACAACGGGAACAAGAGAGGAUGACUGAAGAGAUGCAGAGCAACCGCUACUUUCAAGAUUCAUAUUUCGCAGGGGAUCAACAGAUGUCUCCAUGGGACAACACGAUGACCAACAACAAUCCUUUUGGGCUCCUAUUCAAUACUCUUGGAUAUGAGACGCAAGAGCCACCUGUCGCAAAAAGAGCUAAUCAAAUGUCGCCUGGUUUUGGUGCAAACUGUGGAAAAAGAAGAAAGCAAUGCUGA